CUUCUAGCCCAUCACUUCAUCGCGGCGACAGCGUGCCAGGAGGCAGACUACGGCUGGAUGAUCAGGCACUACUGCCUGAAGCAGUUCCAGCUCAGCAUGGAGGGCAUCGGGCAGCGGCUCUGGUGUGACUGGGACGAGACUGUGGGCACCUACGGGGAGCUGACGAACUGCACGGCGCUCAUUGCCGAGAGGCUCGACUGCUACUGGCCCAACCGGCUGGUGGAUGAGUUCUUCGUGGCCGUGCACAAACAGUACUUCAGGAACUGCUCCCCCUCUGGCCGGGCACUGCAUGACCCCCCCAAUGGCAUCCUCUGCCCCUUCAUCCUGCUGCCCAUCCUCGUCACCUUGCUGAUGACCGCGCUGGUGGUAUGGAGGAGCAAACGCAGCGAGAGCAUCACUGGCACAGGCGAGGGACCACCUCUGGACUGUCUCUGGUUUUGGGAAGACCUUGGCAGAGGAGCAUCACUGGGGGUACCAAGCCCUGGAGGCAGAGACAGCAGUGCCACAGCUCUUCCUCUGCACCACACGUGUGCCACUUGCCUGGCAUCAGGAGGAAAGGCAUCUUCUCCCGUAGCACAAGGCCGAGGCCCCCAUGGGGUGGGUUUCGCCUUGGAGAUGGGGAGCUAUGGGUGA